ACCAUAUUAAGUGAUAAUGAAGUUGAUAGUUCUGUUGGUGGUUUGCUGGAGCGGUUUGUCGACAGCUUUGAACGUAAAUGAAACUUGCACUACGCCGUGCAAUUCACCGGGAACCUGCGUGGAAGCAGUAAAAUGCGCUUAUGUUAUCAACAUUCUCAGAAAACGGAAUGCGACCUAUCUGGAUUCGGAAUACUUGUCUAACAGUAUAUGUGACCAUUUGCCAGAUUCAGGUUCCGUUCCAUUGAUAUGCUGUCCUAGCUUAAUUAAUCCAGCCGAAUGUGGAACGUUGGACGUCGGACGCCGCAUUUUCGGUGGUAAUGUCACUGAACACGGUCAGCAUCCUUGGGCAGUGGUCCUAAUUUACAAUAUAGGAAGAAACAAGUUCGCUCCCGAAUGUAGCGGUUCGCUGAUAAAUUCUAGAUUUGUGCUAACGGCUGCACAUUGCAUAGUAGAGGUUCCUAGCAAAUGGAAAUUGCAUAAGGUACGGUUUAAUGAGUGGAAUGCACUGAAGAAGGCAAAUUGCACUGUUGUAAACGAUGAAAAGAUUUGUCGUCGAGAUUACGCAGUAGAAAGUAUUACUGUCCAUUAUGGUUACGGGAAGAAAGAUCCAAACAGAAAUCACGAUAUUGCUUUAGUCAAACUAGUGGAAGAGGUUACAUUCGACAAAUAUGUUCAACCAGUUUGUUUACCAGUGGAUACUUCAAUUCAAGAACUGCCCAUCGAUAGUGAAGAGUUUACUGUAACGGGUUGGGGUCUAACCGAAACUGGUUUUCGAAGUCCCGUGCAAUUACAUGUCGAUUUGAUCGGAAGGAAUAACGAUGUUUGUGAUAAAGUUUAUUCUGCGAUCGGUAUCACAUUAACCGACGGUCAUCUCUGCGUGGGAGGUGAUAAGGGAAAAGAUUCCUGCAAAGGUGACUCUGGUGGGCCGCUGCUCAGAUUAGUCGGUACCGUGUGGUACCAGGUCGGUGUCGUCAGUUUCGGGUCGCAAUUCUGCGGAACUAAAGGCAUACCCGGGGUCUAUACCAGUGUGGCAAAACACAUCGAUUGGAUAGUUCAGACUGUGCAUGAGAGUUAUUGCAUAAACAACGAAGUUGCAACUGAACUAUUAGUCACCUGAAAAAAGAUUAAAAUAAAAAAAA